UAUCGAUGCAGUUUUAUAAACAGAAUUCUAAAUUACAACAAAAGCGCACCCAGAGCAGCUGUCCCGUGGAAAAGCACCCAUCUCGGCCGGCCCGCAACUCGUCAUGUCCAGCGGCGGGAGGCGCAGCGCCUAAUCCCGCGCCGCCGCCCCUGGAGGCGCUUUGCCCGCCACACAAUUAUGCAAGCUGCAGCAGCGGAUCCAACUGUACCGCCGCCUGUGGAAGAGCAAAAGGAGAAGGAGGAGGAGGCCCAGUGCCCAUGACCUAGCCCUGACUCGAAGACACCGCCACCACCGCCGGCAGGUCGGUCCACUCAAUCGGCCAUGAACCAGAGACAUUCCGAACCAUUCUACAUAUCGCCGCGGCUGUUCGACAACAGGCGGCUCAAGCGGCGCCGUUGCCGGUGGAUGGAACGCCUGCGGGAGCGCCAGCGGAUUUGCAUGGCCCAGAUGCGCGCCCAGGCAACUGUGUUCACCUCCAAGACUGACCGGCUGCAGCGGCGCCAUGUGGCGGCCACCCUGCCAGCGAACGUGACCAUUGAUCUGCUGUCGGACGAUGACGAUCGAGAGGAGACUAGGCCUGGACCAUCCACUGCCGCUGGCCACAAUAGCCUCCUAAUACCCGCCCCUUGCGCUGUCGGCCAACGACGUCCUAAGGUGGGCAGAAGGCAUGGUCGAGACAGAGUCGCCACCCACUCGCAUCCCUUAACCGAGAGCAUCCUGAUAACCAGCGACGACGAGUACAGCGGCGAGGAAGCCAGCAGGCCCGCUGCGCGCCCUCAGCUUUCCAUGCGUUCGCCACCGCCGCUCGCUCCGCUCACUCUGUCGGAGACCAUCGAAGAGGUAACCGUUUCGCUGGUGCCGCGCAACUCCACCACUGCCAACUGCCAGACGCGAUUGUCCAGCCACCCCAAGCCCUGUCGAGCGCCCACGGCGGCCAGCAACGGGAUGGUCACGGCGGGUGGAGUGGGAGGCGGCGGCAGCCACGACACGAGCUGCUUCCUGGAGGUGGACGUGGGCGGUGGCAUCACAGCUACGCUGCCGGACGAGACCACCGUGCACACGGUCAUCGCCAAUCGCAUUUACGAACUCUCGCUUAGCAAGCUGCGCGAAGGACUGGCCUUCAGUGGAGCCCCGGAAUACACGACCGACCUUCUGCCAGAACAGCUGCAGAAACUGUCGCCGGCACUUCGGGCCAAAGUGGCACCGCUGGUGGCGCCCUCGCCGCCCACGCCCAUCUCCCUGAAACUGUCCAGCGACCUCAGCAUAUCCCUGAUCUCAGACGACGACGACUGCGAGAGCACUGGUCAACAUGCCAACGGAGGUGGAGGUGGAGGUGGAGUGGGAGGAGGAGGAGGAGGAGGAGUCGGUACAGAGCUGGUGCAUCCCGUCGUGGUGACGGCGGCGGAGGCGCACGCUGCUGCCAAGCUGCUCAAGCAACAGCAGCCGCAGCUCUCGGUGGUGCAGCACCUGCAGUACGUGGGCGGCGGACUAGCGUCUCCCGUGGCUCUAGCUCUCCCGGUGAUGGCCAAUACGUCCUCAUCGGCUUCGGUUGUGGCUCUGCCGCUGCAGCUGCCGCGACGCCGGAAGCUGGGAUGAGCAGCCCCCCACCUGGACAGCGUCCUGAUGCCCAGCCAGAUCGAGGAACCCAUCGCCAUAAUAUCAUUCCCCGAGCCUUACGCACGGCUCAGACUUUACCUAGCAGUGGCUAGUAGUAGUGCAAAUAUGAUGGUAGUUUAAGCGUCAACACAUCACCGUUUCCCAGUUAUCCUUAAAUCCGCACCGCGUUAUUGAACUUUUCCCUCAUUCCAUGUCCCAUCUCACUCUAUUUCCCACCACGCUCUCCCUGUCUCUGUCAUUCUCAUACUUUAAGCUUUAAUCGAAACGAGACGACAACGUACAAAAGAAAGUAGAAAAGCAUCAACACAUAUAUGAAGAAACAAAAUCACAAAAUUUUAAAAAUUCAAAGGAGGGAAUAGAAAAUUUGAGCGAGAUGAAGAGGAAGGCGACCCAAUAUUUAUACCGUACAAGUAGUUAGAGUAAGCUUUGCAUUAUGUACAUUUUAAUAGGUGGACCGUACUUGGGUGAAUCACACAGUGUGUGAUCCGUGUCAGUCCGCCGUCUGUAUUACAUUUAACUGAUCACCAACUCGGAAUAAACUUUCAUUGUAAAUACCUA